ACCCAUUACUUCCGAUCCAAAUUCGGCAAACCUUCCACAAGAUCUAUCUUGCUAUUAGUUACCCGCUGUGAUUGGUCUGACGGUUGAACGCUGACACGCUAGAAUGCCUUCUCUAUCCAACAUCUAUCUCUUGGCCUACAACUCUGCUCAGGCCAUUGCAUGGGCAGUUUGUCUCUCUCUAAGCUUGAGCAGUGUGCUGUCCACCAAGGGGGUCAAUGGAGCCUAUGCUUCUGCUGGAAACCUCAUCUAUUUGUGCCAGAUGGUUGCGUUCUUGGAAGUUAUACACGGAGCCAUUGGUCUGGUGCCGAGUGGAGUGGUGAUUCCUCUGAUGCAAUGGGCAGGGAGGACAAACUGUAUUUUUGUAAUGCGUCAAACCCAUGAGAUCCAACAGUUGCCAGCAGUCUUUAUAACUUUUGUUGCAUGGAGCAUCAGUGAGGUUAUUAGAUAUCCAAACUACGCUUUGAAUUGCAUCGGAAGUUGUCCGCCUUGGCUUACUUAUCUCAGGUACUCUGCAUUCCUUGUCUUGUAUCCUCCUGGGAUGGGUGGUGAAACCUGGAUUAUGUACCAUGCACUUCCAUUUUUGAAGAAGUACUCCUUCAGCUAUUAUACUUUUCUGAUGGUUGUGCUUUUCUGCUACCCUAUCCUGUGUUUGAAAGUUUACCUGCAUAUGGUCAAGCAACGGCGAUCAAAGCUGGGUAAACAAGACAAGAAGAAGAAGAGGUGAAGGACCACUGAAAAAUGGUGAUUCAGGAACACGUGCUACAUAUAGAGGGAGGCUUACAAUUGGCUUUAUAUUAAAAUUCUUGCAUAUUUAUUGCUUGAUCCAAUGACCCACCACUUGCCCUCACCUACUUUGGAGUCUAAAAUUGUCUCUCCAAUCUAUUUUAGAUGUCUAACCACUGUUAUUCAAUGAUGUGCAAUUGUUAUCGUCUUAAUACAUUGGUUUAUGAAUUUGAUCUAUUUUAUCGGUGAUAUGAGAAAUUAUACUAUAUACGAAAGGCCGGUUUGGGUGGGUACUGUUACUACUGUUCAUAAGGUCUUGAAAAGUCGCUUUUGCCCUUGCUUUUGGAUUCAUGUAUACAAAUCUGGAAGCCUCUAUCCCUUGCUUUUGGAUUCAUGUAUACCGACCUGCAAAUCUGGAAGCCUCUAUCUGGAAAUCUGGAAACCUCUAUUUACGCCGACCUAUUCCACCGACAAAGCCCUCUAUCAACAUCUAGAAGCCUCUAUCGAAUAGAGCAUGGAGCCUCUAUAUAUACCGAAAUUCGGUGAUUGUUUCAGGUUGCCACAGAAAGUGCAGAAAUCCAUCAAGCAAAUAAUCGUAGCCCACCGGUGUACACCCUUCUACUGAGUUACUGAGCCAAAUCUUUAGAGUGAAAUAGAGAGAGAGAGAGAGAGAGAGAGAGAGAGAGAGAGAGAGAGAGAGAGAUUCAGGGAAGGGGAUUGUCACCUCAUCAUCUCAGCGGUUAGUUCUUUCUGAGCCGAUUUGCCUUCGAAUUUCUGGGUUGUUGUUAUCAGUUUUUGAUUUGAUCUGUUGAAUAUUUGGGCUUUUCUAUUCUGAUGUUGUUUACAAUCUUGAUAUGAUAUAUAGUGAAAGGGAGAUAGUUUUGAUAGAGUUUUUGUUGUGGUUGGUUUUGAAUUGAUAAUAUGAGUUCUUGAAGUUUCAACCUUUAUUACUUUGGAUCGUUCCUCAUUUCGUUUGUUUAGAUUUUGGUGAAAGACGUACGAGAUUGAAUAAAGUUACUGUGAUUAAUGAAUCAAUUCACAUUUUGGUUUGAAUUUUAUGUGCUUCCCUCUGAUCAUAUUCGUACUUAUGAAUCUGUGUAAUCAUCUAUGGAUCAUAAAGAUCCAAUCUUGCCUUCCGUGUUUUGAUUGCUUCGCAGGUUCUUAGUCAUCUUUUUCGUUUCAAUAGGUGUGAUCACGUUUUGUUUCUCCUAAUUAGUUUGAGCCAUUAUCUGGAAUGGAUCUAUUUUUUCAGUUGUCCUAAUAAGAGACUUCUAUUUAUCAUACCCUCUCCAAUUGAAUUUCUGUACUUAAGUUUUUGUUGCUGCAAAUUCCUAGAACAAAUGUGGCUAUAUGAGGAGAAGCGUGAUUUUGGUUUUAUGUUUAGAUGACUCAUCUGUAUUCAGUUUUGGUUUUUUGGUCCAAACUCUUGAAUAUAGACCCUAAAACACUAUGCUAAACAAUGUGGAAGAGUUUGGACCGCUGCUCAUGACUAUAAUUACUGUUAGGAAGCGAAACCUGGUCCUAAUUCUUCCCUAUAGACUGGAAGAGAGGUAGAGGGUUUUUAGGUACCAUUCUGUUUUCUCUUUUUUUCUCUUCUACCAGUUUCUUUACGUUCAUGUCUCGAUCUUCUUCUGUGUUGAUUUCAAUGAUCUUUUUUUGUGUUGAUUUGAAUGAUUUUUAUUUUUAUUCUAAAUAGAAGUUUAGGUUAUGGCUUUCUUGCCUUUGCUUUUGUUCUAAGUUUCUAACCUUGGAAUUGAUUGUAGGCUAUGUAGAAAUACUCCUCCUUCUUUCUUCUUUUCAUGAUCAGACUAAUCAGCAAAAGAAGAAGAGGUUUCAUUUUCAGCCAAGGCAAAAUAAGAAUUGGGGUUCUUUUCUUGAUUCUGUUUGCCCUGCAAUUUCACAUCUAGGUGAUUAAUUAAAACAACUUCAAGCUAGCUUACCUCAGCUCAUUCACAACAAAAUUCAAGUUAUGGCACCAAAGAUGAGGCACAGCAAGAUGAAGAGAUUAUUACAAGAACAUCAGGCUGGAGAUCAUAAUGAUAGAGAAAGAAUGCAAGAAAUAUUUUGUUUACAGGAUUGACUGAAUCAAGAACUUCUCAAUGCAACAAUGUUGACGUAUUUCAGCAUCAAAAGAAACGAUUAAGAAGUGAUAAAGGAAAUGUUACUGCAAUAGAAAAGGAGCGUGUGUUCAGCAAUCCAAACUCAAACGUUUUUGCCUCAGGUCAAGCUACGUAUUCAGUUGGGCAAGCAGUAUAUCAAAGAAGUAGACAAGUAUCAACUGUGACGUAUGAAGAUUCAGGCGAUAAUAUUCAUACAUGCUCCUACUGUAACGCAUCUUUUUGGUUUGGAGAGGCGCUUAAACGAUCAUCAUCAAAUGAACCUCUUAUUUAUACAAACUGUUGCAAGAAAGGCCAAAUCAAACUUGAAAAGCCAAAGCCAACACCUGCUUUUCUUGAAAAAUUAUUGGAUCCAAAUAAUGGUUUAGAAAGCCGACUUUUCAGAGAGAAUAUCAGAGUUUAUAAUUCAAUGUUUUCUUUCACAUCAAUGGGAGCAGCAAUUGAUUAUAAAAUAAAUACUGGAUCAGGACCUUAUGUUUUUAAAAUUAGUGGUCAAGUUCAUCAUUUAA